AUGAACAGAAAGGACAGCAACAGGAAGUGCCACCAGGAAUGCUCUGGGAAGGCAGGAGGGCGUGGCCAGCCCCGACUGGCCCGCCGCCACAAGACGUGCCCCAGCCCCCGAGAGAUCAGCAAGGUUAUGGCCUCCAUGAAUCUGGGGUUGCUGAGUGAGGGCAGCUGCAGCGAAGAUGAGCUGCUGGAGAAAUGCUUCCAGUGCUUUGACUCAGCUGGCAGCCUGCGCUGUGGAGACCAUAUUCUCAACAUGGUGCUUGCUAUGCACAGCUGGGUGUUGCCUUCUGCUGACCUUGCUGCCCGUCUGCUGUCCUCGUACCAGAAGGCCACCAAAAACGAACAGGAGAUGAGGCAGCUACAGAUCUGCUACUUUGUCAGGUACUGGAUGACCCAGCACCCAGAGGCAGUGCACCAGGAACCCCAACUGGAAGAAGUCAUAAAUCGUUUCUGGACCACCGUGGCCCAAGAGGGCAACUCAGCCCAGAGGAGUUUGAGAGAUGUCUUCAACCUACUGAGCCCUGAGGGGCCUGGCCCCCCACCUCCCUUGAGUAGCCCAGGCUUGGGAAAGAAGCGCAAAGUGUCCUUGCUGUUUGAUCACCUGGAGACUGAGGAACUGGCUCAACACCUCACUUACCUGGAAUUCCGGUCCUUCCAGGCAAUCAUGCCCCAGGACCUGAGGGGCUAUGUUUUGCAGGGCUCAGUGCAUGGUUGCUCAGCUCUGGAAAGUUCUGUGAGUCUCAGCAACAGUGUGUCCCGCUGGGUGCAAGUCAUGGUGUUGAGCCGUCCUGGGCCUGCGCAACGAGCACAGGUGUUGGACAAGUUCAUUCACGUGGCACAGAGGCUCUACCAGCUGCAGAAUUUCAACACACUGAUGGCAGUCACAGGGGGCCUGUGUCACAGUGCCAUUUCCAGACUCAAGGACUCCCAUGCCCACCUGAGUUCUGACAGCACCAAGGCCCUGCUGGAACUGACUGAGCUUCUUGCCUCUCACAACAACUACGCCCGCUACCGCAGAGCCUGGGCUAACUGCACUGGCUUCCGGCUUCCAGUACUAGGUAUACACCUCAAGGACCUGGUGUCAUUGCAUGAGGCCCAACCCAACAGGCUACCUGAUGGCCGCCUGCACCUGCCCAAGCUGAAUAACCUCUACCUUCGGGUGCGGGAGCUGGUGGAACUCCAGGGUCAACAUCCUCCCUGCAGUGCCAAUGAGGACCUGCUGCAUCUGCUCAUGCUGUCCCUGGAUCUCUUCUACACUGAGGAUGAGAUCUAUGAGCUUUCUUAUGCCCGGGAGCCGCGUUGUCCCAAGAGUCUGCCACCUUCCCCCUACAAAGCAUCUCUGGUGAUGGAGUGGGCCUCUGGUGUGACACCCAAGCCAGACAGGGUGACCCUGCGUCGACAUGUAGAACAGCUUGUGGUGUCUGUGUUCAAGAACUAUGACCCAGAAGGCACUGGCACCAUCUCUCAGGAAGACUUUGAGCGACUCUCAGGCAACUUUCCCUUUGCCUGCCAUGGGCUUCAUCCACCUUGCCAUCAGGGGGGCCGCACCUUCAGCAGAGAGGAACUAACCGAGUACCUGCUCCGGGCCAGUGCCAUCUGCUCCAAGCUGGGCCUGGCUUUCCUACAUACCUUCCAUGAGGUCACCUUCCGCAAGCCCACCUUCUGUGACAACUGCAGUGGCUUUCUCUGGGGUGUCACUAAGCAAGGCUACCGUUGUCAGGACUGUGGACUGUGUUGUCACAGACACUGCAGGGACCAAGUGAGGGUAGAAUGUAAGAAGAAGCCAGGGGCUAAAGGAGACAUAGGCCCUCCAGGAGCUUCCGUACCACCACCCUCACCACUUCCCUCUGCCAGCUAUGGCUCUGAAGACAAUCUCUCCUAUAUACUACCUAUGGACCCUGAGACUGGGUGUCACCUUUGCCAUGCUUGGACUCAGACUGAGUAUGCACACACUUCCUGGAAGCCAGAGAUGGUCCCCUUCUCAGUGCCAGUUCCAUCAUCUACAUCAUCCUCCAAGCUAGAUACCUAGCAUUUUGGUCUUCUCUCUCACUCCCCUUCCUCAGAGCCCCCAAACCUCCUCCCCACCACACUGACUUUGAUGAAGCAUCGAUCAUCUCGUACCCAGAGACUCUUUUUUUACUUUGCAUUGCACUGGCUGUCAAUCCCUUGUCUUCACUCAGCAUCUGCAUCUCUGUAUUGGGUACACUUGGACUCAGAAAUUAUUUCACCAAUUUCCCAGCCCCCACUUCAUAGAUAAGACUGAAGAGAUUGGUGAGGGAGGCAAGACUCCAACCCUACUUCACUGUGGUCCACAAAGCCCCAUACAAUCUGCCCCCAUCACCUCUCUGACUUCACUUCCUGCUUCUCACCUCCUUACCCCCUCACUCAUCCUGCUCCAGCUACUUUAGCCUUCAUAUUCCUAGAAUAAGCUUCAAAUACUCUUACCUCAGAGCUUUCACUAUUUCCUGUCUGAAAUAAAUACUAUUUCUUUCCCAGAGGCCCAUAUGGAUCUUGAAACUUUGCUCAAAUGACAUACCCUUGGUGAG